AUGAGCAAGGAGGCUGCUCUCGAAACCUUUCCUCUUCGGGACUACAACUUUGUUGAGCGCGAAAGUCAACCUGAGGAAGACCACUCUGUUACUGCCAGGCUCAAGCGACUUGAAGCACACUAUGAAGAGUCGGGCGUGCGAAGGACCGUGGAGGCUGUUAUGGUGGUCACCGUCCGAGGCUUCCCUCACGUUCUCGUUUUGCAAGUGGCCAACGCCUUCUACAAGCUUCCCGGCGGCUAUCUCGACCCAUCCGAAUCCGACUCUGUCGGCCUCAUCACCCGCCUCAACGAACAACUCGGUGUCCCGAUUGGUACUGUCGCACCUCACAAGGGGAAUGACUUGCCGCAGAACAUCUGGUUAGCGCCUGAAGGUGGCAGAGACUGGGAGGUGAGGGAUUGCUUGAGCACAUGGUACAGGCCGCACUAUGAUACGUUCUUUUACCCAUAUGCUCCUGCCCAUGUGUCAAAGCCAAAAGAGUGCAAGAAGAUGUACUUGGUCAACCUCCCGCCAAGUAAAACAUUUGCAGUCCCGGCCAACAUGAAGCUCCACGCCAUCCCCAUCUUUGAAUUCUACGACAACGCAGCUCGCUACGGUCCACAGUUUGCUGGUAUUCCUUACAUCCUCAGCAGGUUCAAGCUGACUGGGCCGGAGGUCGACGGUGUGGACGAGGAGGUCGCCAGACUCUAG